CAGAUUAUUUUCCUUUUAACUUGCAGGUCCCCAGGAUAUGCUGUACUUCCACAGAUGUAUGUGCCUUCAGCAGACUCCUCUAGUAUGGAUUCAACUGGAGAAAGAGAUGCUUUUGGACAUACACAACAAUACCAAUUUGCAAUCCCGGGUAGUGUUCCUAACUAUGCUUUCAUCCCUUUCCAAGCACCUGGCACCAAUUCCUCUUCUAGUGUGGACUGCAAUUUAAAUAUACCAAGUUCACAUGUGGAAGCUCAGAAGAGAUUUCUCCAGCAUCAGAUUGAGGUCCUACAAAACCAGCUGAAGCUUCUACAGCAACAGAAACCAGAAGAAUCCAUGCAAAUGGGACCCACUGCAUCAAAUAGCAGAGGUAAGGCUACUGCAUCUUCAUCAUCAACCAUUUCUGACUGUGGUCGGCAUGGGGAGAUUGAUGAGGCUGAUGAUUAGUGAGAUAUAUUACUUCACUGUAUUAGAGAUAUGUUACUUCAUACUGUAUUAGAGGAGACAGAUAGGGGGAUAGAAAAAAUGUAUUAACUCUACCACACUCGUGUUUUUUUGCCCAUCAGUUUUGGUUGAUAAGCAAUUUUUUUAUAUCAACCUUUAUGUGUAUGCUCUCAAAGAUUCAGAUUUUCUUGGCUUCCA